AUGACGCAACUCAGCAGCCUUUUCCUGACCGCCGUGCUCGCCCUUGCCUCGGGUGUCCAGGCCCAGUGCGGUGCAGGCAGCCCCCAUGCCACCGUGUCCGGCUCAGGCAAUUCUUUCAGGACAACCAGAGGCUCCACUCAACUCUACUCUGGUUCCGACUACAGAGCUGCCAUCCAGGCCGGUCUCGAUGGAAUCUCCAGCGGGCAGCGUGUUGCCGUUCUCGCCUCAGGAUCCAUCGGCGCCGGCACCAUCACCCUCGCCUCGGGCAAGAUCUUUGAGGGUUGCGGUGCCAUCAACGUGGGCAACCGCGCCGGCCGAGGCGCCAUUGAGAUCCAAAACGUAAACGAUGUCCAGAUUCCUUUCCUCACCAUGACGGGCAACCCUUACUUUGGCCUCCGUGUCUCCGGCACCCGCAACCUCAAGCUCGGCAAGCUCAACUUCAACCUCAGCGGUGGUCUCGCCAUCCGUUUCGACCGCGACGCCGCCAUGAACUACAACGUCGAGAUGGACACCAUCACCGUCACCGGAGCUGGAAGCCAUGCUGUCGAGACCUGGAACAUUGACGGCCUGAAGAUCAACUCUGUCAUUGCGCGCGAUGUGGGCGAGUCCGGUCUGCUGCUGCAAAACACCAGAAACGCUUGGGUCGGUCUCGUCGAUGGCAACAACGUCGCCACCGGCACUGGGUAUGCCACCUUCCGUAUGGCCAACGAGAACGGCAAGAACGCCAAUGGGAACUACAACACCAACGUGUACAUCGACAAGGUCAUCUCCCGCGGUGGUGGUCGCGGUAUCUUCUGCGUCUCUCGCUCUGGUGGUGUGGUUAUCCAGAACGUCGACUUGUCCAACAACGGGAACAACGCCAUUCUCAUCGAGAACUGCUACAACGUCUCGAUCCGCAGCGGCACCGUCAACGGCGGUGGAGAGGUCCGCCUGUCUGCCCGCUCAGAGUUCCCCAACAACAAGGACAUCUGGAUCACCCUGCAGGUGAACAACAACUCUGUUCGUGAGUCGCCAUGUGGCGAGAACACAAACUUCUCCAUCAGUGGCAACGCCCGACAGCAGAUCUGCUAA